CUUUCAUAGGCAUAAUAAACUCAGAAAUAUAACACACACAACCGCACUGGGCGAUCUUCUACACCAUGGCUCCGACGACUAUCAACGUACUCCUUACCUCAUUCCCAGGCCUCAACCUCCCCAAAACUCUUGUCCUCCCGAUUCCAUCAACUGCAUCAGUGGCGGAGCUUUGCUAUCAGCUUGCUGAACGCAUCCCUCCUUUCAAUGACCGACUUAUUCUCACCACCUCCUCAAACAAGCAGCUUGAACUGAAUUCCAGCGAACAAAUAUCAAGUCUCGUUUCCUCCGAUAGCGAUGCAUUCGUAUCCUUGCGCCUCUCCGCGCGUCUCUGUGGUGGCAAGGGUGGCUUUGGUUCCCAGCUUCGCGCAGCUGGCGGGCGCAUGUCAUCAAAGAAGAAGAGAAACCAGGGUGAAAACAACGGGUCAAGUCGCAACUUGGAUGGCCGAAGGCUUCGGACGGUUACAGAGGCGAAGGCUCUAGCGGAGUAUUUGGCGAUAAAGCCGGAUAUGGAGAAGAAGGAGAAGGAACAACGCCGCAAACGCUGGGAACAAGUGGUGGAACUUGCGGAGAAGAGGGAGGAAGAAAUUAAAUCUGGAUCCAAGGGGAAGCUUGACGGCAAGUGGGUGGAGGACAAGGAAGAGGCCGGAGAACGAACGAGAGAGGCAGUUCAGGCGGCCAUAAGAUCGGGCGACUACAGAGACAACCUCUCGAGCCGUCCUAAGUUGACAGCCAGCAGCUCAUCUUCCGACGACAAUAUGGAGAGUGGAAGUUCGUUGGCGACUGACGUUGAUUCAAAGAUGUCUACACCACCAUCAGGGUCAGAUCAACGUAAACAGUUUUCAGUGUCAUUUUUGGGGUUUGACGAGGACGAUGACUUUAUGAGCGACGAUGAAAGUGAAGAUAUGGAAAAUGAGGACAGGGAAAAAGUGCCAAAGGAUGAUGAGAUGGAGCUGAGUCUUGAGGAACCACCAAAGGGCGAGGAGACGGACCUGGUCCCUGAGGUUCCAACCUCAAUCCCCAAACCAAAGAAAGGGAAGGGCAAGGUGAAGUCAAAGUUAGACACAACAGAAACUGUGACGAAAACAAGAAGCAGUGCGAGGCGGAAGGCUUAAUGUGUUUACGAGUAUGU